GAAGGCCAUGGCGCACUUCAAACGUGAAAAUACAAACCCAAAGGGUCUUGUAACGUUCCCCCGUCUUCUCUCUCUAUUCUUUCUAGAGAGAGAUGCUCUGAGAAAUUUUUUUUGUCCCUCUAAUUUCUUGUUCCAAGGCCUUCCGGCAGAUCCGUUUCACCGGCGGCCACUUUAAUUCUGGCCGUCGGGCACCCCCUCUUCUUUUCCUCUGUUUCUCUACUCCUCUCUGCUCUGGCACGGGGGCCGGUUGGGAUCCAUGUUCAACCCCCAACAUCCCUCUCUCUCUCUCCCUCUUCCCAUGCCUCUCUCUCUUCCCUCUUUUUUCCUCAUUGUCGGACUCUCUCCCGGUGCUACUACUGGUUCUUCCCUUCUUCGAGCAGCUGUCGGCCACCCCUGUUCUCUUCCCUUCAGACAGUCGGCGCCAGGCCCCUCUCCCUCCCCCUCUUCUCCUUCUUCUGUCCCUUCAUGUCCCGUCUUCUCCCUCCCUUCCCAGCGAAGGAUCUCUUACUUCGAUGGAUGAUGGUCGGCGGAAGGCCUAGUCCCCCUCUCUCUCUCACUCUCUUUCUCCCUCUUCGUCGGUCCCUUUCGGUGGUGCACCCGCCUUCUCUCUCUUCUCUCUUCGGCAGGUCUCUCCCUCUAGCGGAUGAUGGAUGGCAAAAAGCCAAGCCUCCCUCUCUCUCUCUCCCACUUCGCUGGUCUCUUUCGGUGGUGGACCAGCUUUGCCAUUUUUCGUGGGACGUCACUAGACUUUUCUCGUCUGAAUCCGCGAAUAUCUUCUCCCUUCUCUCCGACUUCUGCAGGGCAUCACAGGCCGUUACCGAGACGUUGCCGGCUUUUUCUAGCGGGGCGUCUCCCUUCUUAUCUCUGGUUGGGCCCCUUGUCCUCCUCUCUUUCUCUCUUCUUCCUUUCUCCGGCCUUAUGUAUCUCUUUAUCCUCAGUUAGGAUCUCCCUCCGCUAGUUGGGCCCCUGAUCUCUGUCCUUCCCUCUCUCUCUCCCCUUGCUCCUCUGUCUCUCUCCCCCUUUCUCUCUUUUCGUGCUGUCGGACUCCCUUCAUCUCCUCUCUCUGGCCGAAAAAAUCGUGGCUUCGGACUGCUUCUCCUCUCUUUCGACGGCGAGAUAGGUGCCCUCGUACUCCAGUGGUUCUCGAGUGAUGGCUUUUCCUUUUGUUCUGUGGACCUCGUUGGCAUCAGACUAUUCUCUUUUCUUUCGAUGUCAGGAUCUGGGCACUCGUCGGUCCGAGUCAACUAUGGAUUUUCUCUUUCUUCUAGUCAUCAGUAUCUGCUCUUCCCCAAUUGCCCACUUCCUCCCCGACCGCCUGAUUUCUUACCUCUUUGAGCUGCUAGCGUUGUCGAGGGCAAAGGCGAAACGGCCGUCCAUGGCUACGUUGGAUAGAGGUGGAGUUACUUCCAUGGAUGAUUUCUUAAAGCACUUCUUCCCCAGUGUGUACCGAAGGAAACAAGCACAUCUACAUGAAACUGACUACUGCAAAUAUGACAAUCAAAUUCUUACUCUCUUCACAUCUUCCCUCUAUUUUGCGGGCCUCGUCUCUACCUUUGGGGCCUCAUAUGUCACCAGGAAAUAUGGAAGAAGGAUCAGCAUCAUGGGUGGUGCAGUCAGCUUCUUUCUUGGUGGUGCUGUCAAUGCGGGAGCUGUUAAUGUCCUAAUGCUGAUCAUUGGCCGAAUUCUCCUCGGAGUUGGCAUUGGUUUUGGAAAUCAGGCAGUACCCCUCUACCUCUCUGAGAUAGCACCACCGAAGAUCCGAGGAGCAGUUAACCAGUUGUUCCAACUGACUACUUGCUUGGGAAUUUUGGUUGCUGACAUUAUCAACUACUUCACAGACAAGCUCCACCCAUGGGGUUGGAGACUAUCUCUUGGACUAGCCAUGGUGCCUGCAACUCUUAUGUUUAUUGGAGGGAUUUUUCUUCCUGAAACCCCGAACAGCCUCGUCGAACAAGGAAAGCUAGAUAAAGCAAGAAAUAUUCUGGAGAAAGUGAGGGGUACUCAUAAGGUGGAUGCAGAAUUUGAGGACCUCAAGGAGGCUAGUGAGGCAGCCCGAGCAGUCAAGCACCCAUUCAGAAACCUCCUCAAGCCAAAGAACCGUCCACAGCUUAUAAUAGGAGCACUUGGAAUCCCUGCAUUCCAGCAGCUCUCUGGCAUGAACUCCAUUUUGUUCUAUGCUCCUGUGAUCUUCCAAAGCUUGGGUAUGGGAUCAGGGACUUCCCUGUACUCAUCCAUUAUAACAAGCUCAAUGCUUGUGCUUGGUGCACUUGUUUCAAUGUCAGUUGUUGAUAGAUUGGGAAGGAGAUUUCUGUUCAUCGAAGCUGGUAUUCAAAUGAUUAGCUCAAUGGUGGUUGUUGCUGUUACUCUUGCACUAAAAUUUGGUCGGGGGGUGACGCUCCCAAAAGAUUUGGCUAUCAUCCUCGUGGUCGCGAUCUGCACAUUUGUCGUGGCUUAUGGAUGGUCCUGGGGGCCUCUUGGUUGGUUGGUCCCCAGUGAGAUCUUCCCACUGGAGACAAGAUCGGCAGGUCAAAGCAUGGUGGUUUGUGUCAACCUCUUCUUCACAGCUGCAAUCGCACAGUGCUUCCUUGCUAUGCUAUGCCAUUUAAGAUAUGGAGUCUUCAUCCUAUUUGCUGGCUUGAUUGUGAUUAUGUCCUUGUUCAUCAUCCUACUCCUGCCGGAGACAAAGCAAGUGCCCAUUGAGGAGAUGUCUCGUCUGUGGGAGAAGCAUUGGUUUUGGAAGAGCAUUGUGUGCCCACCUGAUUCAGGGAAUGACGAUCAAAAGCAACAGGAAACCAAGGCGGCAACAGUCGUUUAGCUGCAUCUCAUGUUCUUUAGAUACGCUGAAUCUUUGCUAGAUUUUAUGUUAUCAUUUGAUUAGUGGACGGUUCUUCUCUUUGUAAUUGCAUGGAAAGCAACAAUAAGUGUAGAGUAAGUUUGCUUCAGUGCAUUCUUCAUAGUGAUAUGUUGGUUGCUGAUAGUUAACUUGCUGGUAGUGAAUCUUUAUGAUUGUUGGCAAA